CGCCACACCAAUCCAUUUCAUAUCGUUGACGCAUUCCACUUGCCAGCCGCGCCCUCAUCACCCUCACCCCCCGUGUGCUGUGUUUGGCAUUCUGAGCAACGCCGUUCUUCAUCUCCGUCGGACCGCUUGGCUGCGAGUUCGCCGCCUGACUUACCCACUACUCCCUGUCCAGCCCCGUGCAGUCAGCGCGCCGGUCGUAGAAGCACGUCGGCACGAUAAGCGGCCCACCUACCUCCCGAGAUCAGCGGCUCUUCUUUUUGUAUGCACUCCUGUUCUCACGCCACUCUUUCGAGAACCCUUCCACUGAUUCAACACACACCCGAAAAUGGCGUCUCUCGAUACACUGGACAUCAUCGUCCUGGUCGUCUUACUGCUGGGAACCGUCGCCUACUUCACAAAGGGCACAUACUGGGCAGUACAGAAAGAUCCCUAUGCCAACGCCAACGCCAAUGGCCACGCUGGAAAGGCGGGCAAGACGCGGAACAUCCUCGAGAAGAUGGAGGAGUCCGGCAAGAACUGUGUUGUCUUCUAUGGCUCUCAGACUGGUACCGCCGAGGACUAUGCUUCUCGAUUGGCGAAAGAGGGAUCUUCGAGAUUCGGCUUGAAGACCAUGACGGCAGAUUUGGAAGAGUAUGAUUACGAGAAUCUGGACCAGUGGCCGGAGGACAAGAUCGCCUUCUUUGUGCUGGCCACAUAUGGCGAGGGAGAGCCCACGGAUAACGCGGUUGAGUUCUACGAGUUCAUUCAUGGAGACGAGCCCAGCUUCAGCGAAAAGAGUGCUGAAGAGCAGCCACUUUCAAACAUGAAGUACGUCGCAUUCGGUCUGGGCAACAACACCUACGAACACUACAACUCCAUGGUGCGCGAGGUCGACAAGUCGCUCACUAAGCUCGGUGCUCAGCGCAUUGGCGCGGCCGGUGAAGGUGACGAUGGUGCUGGAACCAUGGAAGAAGAUUUCCUUGCAUGGAAGGAGCCAAUGUGGACCGCUCUCGCCGAGGCAAUGCAAUUGGAAGAGCGUGAGGCUGUUUACGAGCCCAACUACGAAAUCACCGAGAUGCUUGAAAUGAGCGCCGAGACUGACACAGUCUACCUGGGAGAGCCAAACAAGAAUCACCUUGAAGGACACUCCAAGGGCCCAUACAACGCACACAAUCCAUACAUCGCACCAAUCGCUGAGUCUCGCGAGAUCUUCCACGAUCAGACGCGAAACUGCCUGCACAUGGAGAUUGACAUCUCUGGCUCCAAUUUGUCUUACACUACAGGUGAUCACAUUGCUGUCUGGCCCAACAAUGCCGGCAAGGAAGUCGACAGGCUUCUCGAAGUCUGCGGUCUGUCCGAGAAGCGAAAUACUGUGAUCAAAGUAAAGGGACUUGAUGCCACUGCCAAGGUGCCCUUCCCAACACCUACCACUUACGACACCGUCUUCCGAUACCAGCUUGAAAUCUGCGCUCCUGUCUCCCGUCAAUUCGUCGGCACCCUCGCCCAAUUUUCGCCAAAUGACGAGAUCAAGGAGAAGAUGACCAAGAUCGGUGCCGACAAGGAUGUAUUUGCAGAGGAAGUUGCCAAGAAGAACUUCAACAUCGCACAGUUCCUUCAGUACGUCGGAAAUGGUGAAAAGUGGCCCAAAAUCCCCUUCUCGCUCUUCAUCGAAGGCUUGAACAAGAUCCAACCUCGCUACUACUCGAUUUCCUCUUCAUCCCUGGUCCAGAAGCAUAGGGUUGCAAUCACCGCUGUGGUAGAGUCUGUGGAAGUUCCUGGCGCGCCACAUAUCGUCAAGGGUGUGACCACAAACUACUUGCUCUCGCUCAUGCUCAAGCAGCAUGGUGAGGCAAACCCAGAUCCACACGGCCUGAACUACGCCAUCACAGGUCCUCGAAACAAGUACGACGGCUGCCACGUUCCAGUCCACAUCCGACACUCAAACUUCAAGUUGCCAUCGGACCCAAGCAAGCCCAUUAUCAUGGUCGGUCCAGGUACUGGUGUGGCUCCAUUCCGUGGUUUUGUGCAGGAGAGAGCGCAGCAGGCCAAGAAUGGCGAGAACGUUGGAAAGACGAUACUCUUCUUCGGAUGCCGAAAUCGCACAGAAGACUUCAUCUAUGAGAAGGAGUGGGAGCAAUGGACCAAAGACAUGGGCGGUGCAUUCGAGCUCGUCUGCGCGUUUUCCCGAGAAACCGAGAAGAAGGUAUACGUACAGCACAGGCUAAAGGAGAGAGCAGAGGAAGUCAACAAGUUGCUCGAGCAAAAGGCAUACUUUUACGUGUGCGGUGAUGCUGCGAACAUGGCUCGGGAGGUCAACGAGAUCCUCGCACAGAUCAUCUCCGAGCAAAGAGGCGUGGACAAGAAGAAGGGCGAGGACAUUGUGAAGUCAAUGAGAGCCGCCAACCAGUACCAAGAGGAUGUCUGGUCAUAGAGGAGUGCGAACUCCAUUUUUUCGAUUGCGCACUCACUCCGUCCUUCAUCGGAAGCGAUGCGUGGGGCAAUUGUGUUUUAGCGAUCUGGAGUCGGUAAUGGUAGCGUGGAAUUGUGCCGCGAUGUGACGGCUUGUUUCCCGGACGCAAGUGACGGCGUACUCCUUCCUGGCGCUAUACAGCAAAUCUUUUUGUAGAUGCCUUCCGCAGUUCGAUACAUACACGAGUGUCCAUG